AUGCUGGCAGAUUCUCAAGACCCCAUCAUUUAUUUGAGUAGCAUCCCUUAUGACUAUACGGAAGAACAAGUGGCAGACAUCGCCAAGUCUGUUGGCCCUAUAACGGACUUAAAGCUCAUGUUUGAUUCGACAACUGGACGUUCUAAAGGAUCCGCAUUUGUUCGAUUUUCUGAUCGAGAAGCUGCAUUGUCUGCCGUCAGAAAUUUGAACAAUAUGAACGUGGGAAAUCGGUACUUGAGAUGUACAUUUGCCAGCGAUAGCGAUGCUUUUGAUUCCAUGCCUGAGUUUUCUAACUACAACAAACUACCUCCAUUGCCUCUUGGUGUACAACUUUACCAAAAUCAGACUCCACAACAGGCAAUAUCUGCCAUUUUGUCAUCACUAGAUCUGCAGAGUGCUUCGGAGAUGUUGAAAGAAGCUCGUUCUAUGAGCCUUGAAAACCCUCAGCUCAUGAAAAAGCUCUUGACCCAAUGCCCUCAGCUUUCCCAUGCUCUUGUUGAAACGAGCUUAAUGAUGAAUGUGACCACAAAGGAUCUCGUUGAGUUAUGUCUUAAUAGAGGCCAGGCAAAGGUCGAAAACUUAACAGAGGACCACGUACUGUUGUUACGACAGGUAAACGACUUAUCAGAGGAAGAGUUAAGUUUUCUUGAUGAGAAUAAGCGGAAGGUGGUUGAAAGUGUUAAAAAUGAAAUAAGUAAAGGUUCAUAUGGGAUCUUGGAUUAA